AUGUUGCUCGCCGCCGUCCCCGCUUUCUCCCGCUUACGAAGAGUCCUCCCGCUGCUGCCCGCGCUCCUCCUCGCGCUAUCCCUCUCCCCCCCUUGCGGGGCGCAGCGAGCGAGCCGAUUCAAAUCCGCCACACGCCUCGUUUUCCUACCUAGUAACGCGUACAGCUCAAAAUGCCUCGACGGGAGUCCCCCCGCGUACUACUUCCGCGCGGGGGCGGGCGCGGGGAGACGCAAGUGGCACGUGCAUCUCCCCACGGGCGGAUGGUGCUUCUCCCCGGGGGAGUGCCGCAAUCGCGCCAACUCCCCGCUCGGUUCCUCGCGCUUCUGGGCGACACGCCUCCCCGCCGUCAUUGAAAACGGCGGAAGAAUCAACAACGCGUCCGAGGAAUACCCACAGUUGGGUGGCCUUCUAUCACAGGACAGUGCAGCCAACCCGGUGUUCCACGCGUGGAACCUGGUGUGGGUUGUGUACUGUGACGGCGGCGCCUACAGCAGCACGCGGGGGAGGGCGGACCUGGGGGAGGGCGCAUCUGUGUACAUGCAGGGACGGCAGAUUCUGGACGAUAUUAUCACUGGUGAGGAGGGAGAGGGGAGGAUAAGGAGUGGGGAAUGGGAUCUGCGCACUCGGCAGGGCAUGGGGGCGGCGUCGCAUGUGCUCUUCUCGGGCAGCUCAGCGGGCGGCCAUGCCAUCAUCAUGCACUGCGACCGCCUCGCUGCCGCCUUCCCCCGCGCCUCCUCCAAGUGCUUUGCUGACUCGGGCUUCUUUGUUGAUGCCAAGGACCGCUUUGGGGUGUACUCAUGGCGGGAAUACAUCCGGCUGCUCACCGCUCUGCACCGCAUUGAAGUCCCCAAAUGCCCUGCAGGGUCUCUUUCUCUCUCCUCCGUUCCCUCCCAAGUUAGAGACGAGACAACUGGGCCUGCUGCUUCCCCAAACUCUGGGUCAUCAUCUUUUUCCUUCUCCCCUACCACCCCACUUCCCCCGCGUCUCUUCCCUCCUCUGCUCCCCCUGUUCCCACCCUCUCAGGAGCACAAGUGA